AUGCCCGCGUCCGCCCCAACCGCCGGGUCGGCUGCUCCCCAGCAGACGGACCAGAUCCCGAGCCUGCCCGAGGCAAAGGCGGCCGCCAAGUCGGGCCUGCUGUCGCAGCUGCGCGCCCUCGCGGCCGGCGGCUUCGGCGGCGUUUGCGCCGUCGUCGUCGGCCACCCGUUCGACCUGGUCAAGGUCCGCCUGCAGACGGCCGAGCGCGGCGUCUACUCGUCCGCCCUCGACGUGGUCCGCAAGAGCGUCGCCCGGGACGGGCUGCCCAGGGGCCUGUACGCCGGCGUGAGCGCGCCGCUGGUCGGCGUCACGCCCAUGUUCGCCGUCUCCUUCUGGGGCUACGACCUCGGCAAGCAGAUCGUCUCGGCCUCGUCGCCCGUCGUCGGCCCGGACGGCCUCUCCAUCGCGCAAAUCUCCGCGGCCGGCUUCCUCUCCGCCGUUCCCAUGACGGCCAUCACCGCCCCGUUCGAGCGCGUCAAGGUCAUCCUCCAGGUCCAGGGCCAGAAGACGCUGGCCCCGGGCGAGAAGCCGAGGUACAGCGGCGCCCUCGACGUCGUCCGCCAGCUGUACGCCCAGGGCGGCCUGCGCAGCGUCUUUCGCGGCAGCGCCGCCACGCUCGCCCGCGACGGCCCCGGCUCUGCCGCCUACUUUGCCGCCUACGAGUACAUCAAGCGUGCGCUGAGCCCCAAGGAUCCCCUCACGGGGCGGCCCACCGGCGAGCUGAGCCUCUCCGCCGUCACCUGCGCCGGGGCCGCCGCCGGCGUGGCCAUGUGGAUCCCCGUCUUCCCCGUCGACACCGUCAAGUCGCGCCUGCAGACGGCCGAGGGCCACGUCACCCUGGCCGGCGUCGUCCGCGACCUGUACGCGCGAGGCGGUUACAGAGCCUUCUUCCCUGGCUUUGGGCCGGCUCUGGCUCGAGCUGUUCCCGCCAACGCAGCCACCUUUUUGGGCGUCGAGCUCGCUCACCAGGCCAUGAGGAAAAUGUUUGACUGA